CUGAAUUGCUGCACCAUUUUGUGUACGGCGUCCUCGCGAUCAAAUGCGCAUGCGUAAAGGUCUUGCUAGAGCCCGGACAACGCGCAUGCGCUCAGUGGGCACCAGGCUGAGGCGGAUCGGCGGCAGGAGAUGAAGAAGUGUCUCAUCCCAGCUGGAAAACUGCUUUGUGUCUGAAAUGAAGUUUUCUCUUUUAACUCAGUGAAUCCACUGGAACCGGGGUGCCGAGUACACUCUGGCACUAGAUCACUAGAGAUCAUUUCUUCAACUGCAUGACUGGACAAGGGAUUCCUAUGUCUGACAUCCGACUUGAUGAAUUGCCAGAGAACUGAUAGCAGAGAGACAUCAUUCUUCUUCUCUUAGUGUGGGACUCUCUCUCUCUCUCAGAGACCCCAUUUACUUGCUCUUUGUGUGGAACAGGAUCUACUCAGUAAUCCAGUUUAAAGGUACAUCAGCAAGUUCAUCAGUUGUGAGAUGGUUCACCUGUUCUGUCUGCAGGACGGGAUUCAUUCAGUCAUCCAAGCUGACGAUACAUCAGAAAAUUCACAUCAGUGAAGGUCUGUUUACUUGCUUUGUGUGUAAGAAAAGAUUCACUCAGUCAUCUGAUAUGCUGACACACAAGUGACUACACAUUGGGGAGAGACGUUUCACCUGUUCACACUGUGGGAAGGGAUUCAGUCGGUCAUCUGUCUGAUUGGUACGCCAGUCAUUUCACAGUAUGGAGAUGCCAUUCACCUGCUCAGACUCUGAGAAGGCAUUUCCUGAGUCAUCCCACCUACAGUCACACCAGUCAGUUCACAUUGGGGAGAGUCCAUUCACGUGCUCAGACUGUGGGAAGGGAUUCUCUCAUUCAUCCAGUCUAUGGAGACACCAGUCAGUUCACACUGGGGAGAGACCAUUCACCUGCUCAGAAUGUGGGAAGGGAUUCACUCGAUCAUAUAAUCUAUUGGCACACCAGUCAGUUCACAUUGGGGAGUAUCUAUUCACCUGCUCAGACUGUGGGAAGGGAUUCACUCACUCAUCUCAACUGAAGGUACACCAGCGUAUUCACACUGGUGAGAAGCCAUACACCUGCUCUGACUGUGGGAAGGCAUUCGCACGCUUAUCCAGCAUACUGAGACACAGGCGAGUUCACACUGGGGAGAGGCCAUUCACCUGUUCUGUAUGUGGGAUGGGAUUCAUUGGAUCAUCUGAGCUAUUAGUACACCAGCGAGUUCACACUGGGGAGAGGCCAUUCACCUGCUCAGACUGUGGGAAGGGAUUCACUCAGUCAUCCCAAUUACUGGCACACCAGUCAGUUCACACAGGGCAGUGGCCAUUCACCUGCUCUGAAUGUGGGAAGGGAUUCACUGCUUCAUCUCAAUUGAAGGUACACCAGCGAGUCCACACUGGGGAGAGGCCGUUCACCUGCUCUGAGUGUGGGAAGGGAUUUAUUCGGUCAAAUGAACUGUUACAACACCAGUCAGUUCACACUGGAGAGAGGCCAUUCACCUGCUCAGAUUGUGGGAAGCGAUUCACUGGGUCAUUUGAACUUAAGGUACAUCAGCGAGUUCACACUGGGGAGAGGCCAUUCACCUGCUCUGAAUGUGGGAAGGGAUUCACUCGGUCAUCCUAUCUACUGGCACACCAGUCAGUUCACACUGGGGAGAGGCCGUUCACCUGCUCAGACUGUGGGAAGAGAUUCACUGGGUCAUCUCAACUGAAGGUACAUCAACGGGUUCACACUGGGGAGAGACCGUUUACCUGCUCAGACUGUGGGAAGGGAUUCACUAGGUCAUUUCUAGUUAAGGUACAUCAACGUGUUCACACUGGGGAGAGGCCAUUCACCUGCUCUGAAUGUGGGAAGGGAUUCAGUCAGUCAUCCCAACUUCUGAACCACUACCGAGUUCACACUGGGGAGAAACCAUUCACUUGCUCAGACUGUGGGAAAGGAUUCACUCGGUCAUCUCAACUGAAGCUACAUCAGCGAGUUCACACGGGAGAGAGGCCAUUCACCUGCUCAUACUGUGGGAAGAGAUUCACUUGGUCAUUUCAAGUUAAGGUACAUCAGCGAGUUCACACUGGGGAGAGGCCAUUCACCUGCUCUGAAUGUGGGAAGGGAUUCAGUCAGUCAUCCCACCUUCGGAAACACUAUGGAGUUCACACUGGGGAAAAAGUGAGAAACCGCAAAGAAUUUGUGUGCAGGAAUCUCAAGCACAACAACACGUCAGUUCCAAUGUCUGUAUACAGUGCUGACACUGGGGAGAGGGUGUUCGUCUGUUCAGACAGGGAAGUGAUUCACUCAGUCAUCCCUUCUACAGACUCAACACCGAGUACAUACGAGAGAGGCUGUACACCAGCUCAGACUGUGGGAAGGGAUUCACUCCGUCAAUCCACUUAUAAUCACACCAUUGGGAAGAUGCAGUUCACCUGCUCAGACUGUGGGAAGGGAUUCACUCGAUCAUCUGAUCUGUUGGCACACCAGAGAGUUCACACGGGGGAGAGGCCGUUCAGCUGCUCAGACUGUGGGAAGGCAUUCACACAGAUAUCCAGCUUACUGAGACACCAGCGAGUUCACACUGGGGAGAAACCAUUUACUUGCUCACAUUGUGGGAAAGGAUUCAUUCAUUCAUCUCACCUGAAGCUACAUCUGCGAGUUCACACUGGAGAGAGGCCGUUCACCUGCUCUGAAUGUGGAAAGGGAUUUUCUCAGUCAUGCAAUCUUGUGGCGCACUAUCAAGUUCACACAGGGAAGAAGCUGUUCACCUGCUCUGAAUGUGGGAAGGCAUUCAGUCGGUCAUCUGACCUACUGAUACACCAGUCAGUUCACACUGGAGAGAGGCCAUUCACCUGCUCACAUUGCGGGAAAGGAUUCAGUCAGUCAUCUCAUCUGAAGAUACAUCAGCGAGUUCACACCGGGGAGAGGCCGUUUCGCUGCUCAGACUGUGGGAAGGGAUUCACUAGAUCGUCUGACCUACUGGCACACCAGAGAGUUCACACUGGGGAGAGGCCAUUCACUUGCUCUGACUGUGGGAAGGCAUUCACACAGUUAUCUAGCCUUCUGAGACACCAGCGAGUUCACACUGGGGAGAAACCAUUUACCUGCUCACAUUGUGGGAAGGGAUUUAUACACUCAUCUUACCUAAAGCAGCAUCUGCGGGUUCACACUGGAGAGAGGCCAUUUACCUGCUCUGAAUGUGGUAAGGGAUUUUCUCAGUCAUGCAACCUUGUGGCACACUAUCAAGUUCACACUGUGGAGAGGCCAUUCACCUGCUCUGAAUGUGGGAAGGGAUUCAAUCAUUCAUCAAACCUUCGGAAGCACUACGGUGUUCACACUGGGGAAAAGUUUAAAUAAGCUGCAUGCUGGAUAUUUAACCAUCACAGUUACUGAAUCCAGAGGCAAGUUCACAAGUGACUGUUGGUGUCAAACUCUCUAAUUAUUGUUGCUGCUCAUCACACCCAGUUCUGCACCCUGGUGACUGGGAGGAGUUCCUUCAACUGAUGUUCACAUUUAAUGGGACUGGAGUUUAAUAUUCUGAAUCUGU